GGACCCUCUGGGAAAUUGGGCCUCGUUGUAGAACAACAAGAUUGCCGUCUUGUCUAAAACCACUGGUUGAGAUAGAUAAAUUUAGAUCUAAGCAGCUGGGAGUGAGAGAUAUCAAAUCAUCAAUGGCGCCACCACCAGGACCUUAUUCGGGAACCAGCACUCUUGCUUUGGUUGCUCGUGUAUCUGCCUUUUCAUUUGGACUAGUUUAUGGAAGCAUCAAGCUCAAGUAUCUUCAGGCAAAGGCCAAGUCCCAUCAGAAAGCUGCAGCCAAGGCGCACCACUGAUACAUAUGGUCCUUCGUGGAGUCUGAUAGAGUUAUAAUUCAUGAUGAUAGAUAUAUAGUUAUGUCAUUUUGUAAAGGCAUAAUAGGCUGUGAUUCUGUUUGUAUCUGUUUGAUUUUUGUUUAAGAGGUGCUUAAAAUGAAAUGUGGAACAUCUAGGAAUAAUCUGGUAUAAUUUGUAUACAGAGCCAAGUACAAUAUUUUAGCAGGGGUUUUGUUUCA